UUGUUUCUCUCUGGUUCGGUUCGAAUCAACAAACGACGCAGAAGCGAUGCGCAGUCGCCUCAUUACAUAUGCAAAACCAAAUAAGCGGCGCAGAAGCCCUGCGCAGUAGUUAACCGGCUUCGAGUCCGGAAGUUGUCACAACUUUGGGAUUUAAACUUUGUUUAUUUUCCCGAUUACUAGACGGGUUUCGGAAUAUCUAUGUAAACUGUUGUUGACCCGUCACAAUGCCUGGUAAAAGGAAACAGUCGGCUCCGAGGAAAGCGGACGAACAGAAGCGUCAGUGCUUGGCAUGGAACAUGCAGGACAUGUUUAUCAACAACUCUGCAACAACUGACACUGAUCAGAUGGUUGCUGGGCCAAGCAGUAGUCAGGAACCAUCUCAGGUCAUCAUAGAGCAUAGACAAACCAUCAGCCAAUCAGAUGUUCUGCAUGAUUCUAUGAGCAGUAUUGACCAAUCAAAUGGCAUACAUGCUGACCAAUCACUUGGGAGCGAACCAUCACAGGUCAUCAUGGAACACGGACACAUCAGCAGCCAAUCAAAUGGCUUCUUUAAAUCUAUGAGCAUUAUUGACCAAUCAAAUGGUCAACAUGCCAGCCAAUCACUUAAAAGUGAUGUGCUGGAUGUUGGCCACGAAGCAAAGUCUGUUCGUUUUGAUGAGUUCUCUGUUGUUGAAAUUGACAUUGCAUCCAGUCCACCAAAUGUUGGAUCCCUUGAGUACGGAAUAGAUGACACAGAUGUUGUCAGUGCUGUGAAUGGCACUGUUCUCACCAAUCCAGCCGAUGGCCAUGACUUCUUCUUGACUUUCUUUGACUCUGUUGAUGAUGCAAAAUGGCACUGCAGCCUUGGGACUAUUGUGCUUAACUUAUUCUCCAUUGACGGUUCAGGAAAGCUGCCCAAAGUCCUGCCUCCAAUGGCAUCUCCCGUUCUGUACAUCUUUGAACACACAGAAAAACACGUCCUCCAUCUUGAAUCUCUGCCUGACCUUGAGGAAAUGGAAGGUCACACGAGUGAUGAUUCAGAGCUAGAGGAACAGGACUUACAUGUUUAUGCCACAACUACCGUUGGGGUCAGCAUACUAUCUGGGUUAGCUCAUAUGUACAAGAAGAAGGCAGCAAGACUGGUACUUGGAAAAUAUGACCCUCUUCAAGGAACCUUAGACCUCCAUCUGUACCUCCUUGAGGAAGCCCUGAGCAAACCACAGUUUGCCAGCGAGGGCCUGACAGGUAAAGGUGUGUCCAGGAAGCUGAACAGAACCCAGCAGGAGUUGAUGGAAUGGUUUCUCGGAAUACCAAUUCCAGAGAGCUACAGUGUAAUCCACAAGAAAAGGCAGGAUGUGGAGGGACUAUACCGCUAUGUCAGGGAGGCACACCAGGGUGAAGACAGGUCGUUGACCCUUGACCCUCAGCAUCACCUGUUGGUCCCCUCCCUGAGGCCAUACCAAAAGGAGGCUGUUCUGUGGAUGUUGGAGAUGGAGCAGUUUGGGGAAGACUUGCAGCAGGAAAGCAGGGGACGAGCUGCUGAGCUUCACUUACUGUGGAGGGAGGUCCAGAUGCCAGAUGGUCAGAUUUUAUUCUUCAACAGCUACACAGGGAGCCUGUGUAAAGAGAAGCAGUGUGGCCUGGUGCCCAUUCCUGGUGGGAUCCUGGCAGAUGAGAUGGGCCUGGGCAAGACUGUGGAGGCGCUGGCACUGAUGCUGCUCCAUCCACGGCCAGGCUUCAUCAGGACGGCCAGUGUUGCAGGGUGUACAGAACAGGACAAAAACAGGACAGCAGUAGGUAUGUUACAGGUUGAGAACAAGACACCAGAUGAUGCUUGUAUACUUCAGGACAAGGACAGGACAUCAGUUGCUUGUAUAUUUCAGGGUGAAAACAAGACAGCAGCUACUACAGCUAGUACAUUACAGGAUGAGGACAGGAUAACCAGUGCAUUACAAGACAAGAACAGCACAUCAACAGAUAUACAGAAUCUCAAAGUGGAAUGCAAUGGACAGGACAGUAAGGGCUCAAAAUGUAGCAAAACCAAUGUGGAAAGUAGUAGUAGUCAAACGGGUAUGACCGCUGUCAAGUCUAAUGCACAUACAGAGGUGAACAGGAGUUCUACAGAAAACAGUACAGAUGUUUUAUUAUGUACAAAGGCGAAAGAAGAAGGGGGAAGUGCAAUAGAGGUUACUAAUCAAGUAUCAGAAGAAGCCGGCUUAGAGAAAACAGCUGCCGAUUUUCAACAGGCUUCUACACAUAACAGUUCUAAUAGCGCAUCUGUAAUACAGCCAAACAGUUCUGAUGGCAAGGCAUCGGCCUGUAAAAGGACUGAUCUUACUGUGUUUGGUUCAGAUGGAAGUGAAAGUACCUCAGUUAGUGAUGACACUUCUGUUCACGGUAGUCUUGAAGGGAAAGAAAAGGCAACAGAAGUGUUACAUGCUCCUACUGUGUCAGAUAUUGUCCCUGAAAGUACGUUGGUUGGUGGUGGUGCUUCUGUUCAAGGUAGACUUGAGGAGAAAAGAAAGACAGAAGAAGUGUCCGCUACUGUCCCUGCAGCUUGUGUAGCAAGCAUGGAAUGUUCAGAGGAUAUAACAUGUACCAUUCAAGACUCUAUAGAUUCUUGCAUAGCUGCUUCAACAACUUCACAUGCACAAGGACAACCAGAGGAAGAAAUCAAAGACCAACAACAAAGCACCUCAAGCACUGAUGCCCGACAACAAAAACGGCAAAAGAAAUCAUCUAAGAAGACCGCUUCUAAGAGUAAAAGCAAAACGUCUAAGAAAGGAGUGGCCGUUGUUGAGCCAGUGUAUAUCCCAGCACCAGACAGUUGCAAUGUGCAGAGCACACCAAGGUUUGAGUGCAUCUGCGGUGUGACAGACGCACAUGUGGAUGGUAGGACUCGGCUCCAGUGCUGGCAGUGCGGCAACUGGCAGCACGCCGAGUGUGUCAACUAUAAGGCAACGUCUGAGUCUGACCCUGCCAAGAUGGCGGAACCCUAUCACUGUCCACACUGCUCUGUCAGCUUGCCUGCGGUUCCCUCAGGGGCUACCCUCAUCAUCUCCCCGGCUCCCAUCAGCCACCAGUGGGUGGAUGAGAUCAACAGGCACGUCAGGAAGGCCGCCAUCAAGAUGCUGGUGUACAGUGGUGUGAAGAAACAAGGCUUCCUCCAGCCGAAGGUCCUGGCAGACCAUGACAUCGUCAUCACUACGUAUGAUGUGCUGAGGCUGGAGCUGAACUAUGUGGACAUCCCUCACAGCAACAGUACGGAGGGUCGCCGUUUGCGGCAGCAGAAGCGGUACAUGGCAGUGCCGAGCCCCCUCCCAUCCGUGGAGUGGUGGAGGGUGUGUCUGGACGAGGCGCAGAUGGUGGAAUGUACCACUGCAAAGGCAGCUGAGAUGGCUCUCCGACUGAGCGCUGUUAACAGAUGGUGUGUGACAGGCACACCCAUACAGAGGAACCUGGAAGACCUGUAUGGUUUGCUCCUGUUCCUGGGCGUUGACCCUUACUGGGUGAAGCACUGGUGGGAGCGGCUUCUGUACCAGCCAUAUUGCCAUGGCAACCCACACCCCAUGUACGAGGUCAUCUCCAGGGUCAUGUGGAGGACAGCCAAGAAGGAUGUUCUUGAUCAGAUCAACCUGCCCCAGCAGACAGAGGAUGUCCACUGGCUGAAGUUCUCCCCAGUGGAGGAACACUUCUACAGGAGGAAACACGAGGACUGCUCCAGACAUGCCUUCAAGGUGCUGAGCCAGUGGCACGACCUGGGCACCAAACUGUGUCAGCUGGACAGGAGAACCAUGCAGACAAUGCUGUGGCCGCUGCUGAAGUUGCGGCAGGCCUGCUGUCAUCCUCAGGCUGUCAGGGGGGAGUUCCUUCCUCUGCACAAAAGCACCAUGACCAUGGAUGAACUGCUGAAGUCACUCACCCAGAAGUGUAAGAUAGAAUGUGAGGAGGCUCACAGACAACUCAUCUGUGCUCUCAAUGGUCUAGCUGGGAUACACAUCAUCAAGGAAGAGUACCCAGAAGCUGUAGAGAAGUACCGUGAGGUGCUGAGGUCUGUACAGGAACACGAGGGCAGACUGAAGACUGACAAGCUCCAGCGGCUCCACACCCUGCACAACCUGGCCGGGCUGCUGCACAGGAAACACCCUGGGGUGGCCCCUACACUCAGGGAUGAUCAGCUCAUGAAACAGGCUGAGGAGCUGAAGAUGUACUACAUGCAGAAGUCCCUGGAUAAGAUCCACAGCUCACAGCAGACUCUACUUCCUAUACAGCAGAAGGUUCAGCAGCUGCGUAGGAAGCUGCAGCCAGGCACACCGUGGUGGAUGGACACGCUGCAGUGGGCCAUCUACUGGGGCAAGGACGAGGACCUGGCAGAGAGGAUCCGCAACGAACUGUCGGGAGACAGAGACCCAGACGCUACCAGCAUUGUCAACAAGUUCCGUGACCUGAGAGGACUGCAGUUCCUCCUGACCUCCCAGCUGGAGAACCUGCAGCAGUCCCACUCUGCGGUCUGCACAGCUGUCAAUCAUUUGAGUCAGGACCCCGCCCUUCAGCUCAUCCAAUCAGCAGUGGAGUGCCACCUCAGGCCAGAGAAGGGGGAGGAGCUUCACACCUGUGAGUUCUGUAAGGCUGAUGACCUGUUCCUGGAGUAUGAAUCAAGACUCUUCUCCUUCACUGCAAAACGUCUUGAAGACAUGGUGGCAGAGGAGGAGGAGAACCCGGAGCGCCAGGUGACCAGGAGAGGCGUGUGGGCGCAGAGCGAGACAGAGAAGUGUCUUAAGAUCGUCCUGAGCUUCUGUAAGUCCAGCCGGCUGGAGGAGCAGUGGGUGGAGGAGGGCAACAUGCAGGUGGAGCUGUUUGAACAACUCAGGAGAGAGUACAAGCAACUCCAUGUGGUGUGGAUGGCCCUGCGGGACAGAGUGGCCGCUAUAGAUGAGCUGGACAUGACCACGACUCGCUUGAGGCUCCGCCUACCAGAGGAGGAGAGAACGGACCCCCCACAACCCAACAUCAUCGAACCUGGGGAGGUUGACCACCAGUGGAUAAAGAACCUGAAUGACAAGGCCGUGGCGACGAGUCUGCUGCACAGGAAGCUGGGGCAGCUGCUGUACCUGAAGAACCUGGCCAAGUCUCAGGAGUACCAGAAGGAUGGAGUCAACCCUGAACCCUGCCCGAUCUGUCAGAGGCAGCUGGGGACUGAGUGGAGUGUCCUGAUGUGUGGCCACUGCUUCUGUGAGGAGUGCAUCUCUGUGCUGGUGAACCAAUUUGGACUGGGCAGUCGCAGGGGGUCCAUCCGCUGUGCCAUCUGCCGUCAGCUGACCGCCACACAGGACAUCUCGUAUGUCAGCACGGAGGCCAAGCAGCAGGAGGAUGUGGAUGUCAAGGGAAGUCACUCCACCAAGGUUGAAGCUGUGGUUCGGACCCUCAAACUCAUCCGGCAAAAGGACCCCACGGCCAAGUCUCUGGUCUUCUCUACUUGGCAGGAUGUCUUAGACGUUGUUGCCACGGCACUGCGAGAGAACAACAUGGAAUACAGGGCCAUCAAUGGCAUCCACAGAUUCCAGGAGAACAUGACAGACUUUAAGUAUGACAGCGGAAUCGGUGUUUUGCUUCUUCCCCUGCACACUGGCUCCCACGGGCUUAACAUUAUCGAGGCCACACAUGUGCUGCUGGUGGAGCCGAUCAUUAACCCAGCACAGGAGGCACAGGCUAUCGGCAGGGUGCACCGCAUUGGGCAGACCAAGGCAACAGUCGUCCAUCGUUUCCUGGUGCAGAACACAAUCGAGGAGAGAAUCCACGCCAUGAAGAAGCACAUCAGUGCCAGUGACAGUAUUGACACACAGUCUGAGGGAACAGUCCUGACUGUCGGAGACUUGCGCGACCUCUUCAGCGACGCCUUCCACCACCGAGAGGACGACUCCCCUCCCCCACCUCAGCAGGAGUACGAUCAAAACAACAGCGUUCUGGAAGAGUUUGAUGAUGGGGAUCGUCACCCUGCAGAUGGACCUCCCACGCCCUGAGCACCUGAGACUUUGUAACUGUAUUUCAAAAUCCAUCGGUGGUGUGCCCUAGGGCACACAACUAAUCGUCCUGGACUUACAUGCAAAACAUCAAAUAUUUACAUACCAUUAGCACACAAUCUCACAAUUCUCACAUCAUCUGCCUGCCUUCAAGACAAGCUUUUAAACACAUCUUACACAUGUUUUUACCCAUGUGAUGGUUUUUAAUGUUAUCAAGAGAAUUUUUAGAUAUGUCGUAACAUUCAACACUGUCUGUUAUGUUGGUGUCCAUUUGUGAUAAAGUCAAGUCAAGGUUGCCCUGCAUCUUUGCAUUCUAUCGGCAAGAUUUUACAUAUUCUACUUGAUAGUUGAUGACAUAAUUAGAAAGUGUUGGAAAAUAUGAAUAUAAUAUGUCUUAACCUGAAAUACCAACAAAAAACUAAAACACUAAUAUGGUAAUAAUAUAAAUAUGCUCUAAGGCAAAAUAGAGAGUUAAGUGCACAACAAGACUAGACAGUGUACUAGGUACUGUACCCAUGUCAUGAAACUGUACUUCAGUACGUUUUGAUCUUUGAAACAUGAAACAAAUUUUUUACAGCUACUUGGCUAUA